AACAUAUUUAUACAUGACAAGUCAACUAUAUUUUUGCAAUUACUUCUCAGGUAUCAAUUUUUGAUCAAAUUGACAAUUACAUGCUUCUUUGCUUUGUGAAUUUAUGAAAUUCUAUAUCCAUUUAAGAAGUCCAUUAUUUUGAAAUUCUCAUCGUUGUUUUUUUAAUAUAAAUUCUGAAAUCUUAAAUCAUUCAUCAGUAUGGCUCGUCAUACAAUCGAAAUUCCAUUGAAAGAAUCAGCCGAUGAAGUCAUUGAGCUUGAUUUAGAUAAUCUGCCCGAUACAAAAGAAGUACUGCAAAUUCUUCAAUCCGAAUCACCACCUUUAAACAUCUGGAUUCAAUUGGCACUUGCUUAUUAUAAGGAGAAAAAAGAAGACGAUUUUGUCCAGAUACUUGAAUAUUCUCGUACGGAAGCGUCGCUAAGCUAUAAAGAUUAUGAACGUGAUCAGAUGAAAGCGUUAGAUACUUUGGCUGCCUAUUAUGUGGCCAAAGGUAAUAAAGAAAAGAAUCGUGAUAGAAAACGAGAACUUUAUACAAAAGCAACGGUAUUGUAUACAAAUGCUGACAAGAUUGUUAUGUAUGAUCCAAAUCAUUUGGUUGGCCGUGCCCAUUUCUGUUUAGCCGAAGCUGAAAAGAUCGAUCAAGCUGAUGCACAAUUCACAUUCGUUUUAAAUCAAUAUCCCAACAAUAUACCGUCAUUGUUAGGCAAAGCCUGUAUUAAUUUCAACAAAAAAGACUACAAAACAGCUUUGACUUUUUAUCGCAAAUGUUUACGAGUGAAACCGGAUUGCCCGGCAAAUAUUCGUCUUGGAAUCGGGCAUUGUUUCUAUAAAUUAAACCAAAUGGAAAAAGCUAAAUUGGCAUUCGAACGUGCCCUUCAAUUGAAUCCUCAAUGUGUUGGCGCAUUGGUUGCAUUGGCAAUAAUGGAACUGAACAAAAAGACACCAGAUUCCAUACGAAAUGGUGUACAAAUGUUAUCGAAAGCUUAUUCAAUUGAUCAAACUCAUCCAAUGGUAUUGAAUCAUUUGGCAGAUCAUUUCUUCUUUAAAAAAGAUUAUGCCAAAGUUCAACAUUUAGCAUUACAUGCAUUCUAUAAUACGGAAAAUGAGCCUAUGCGUGCUGAAAGUUGUUAUCAAUUAGCUCGAAAAUUUCAUAUCCAAGGUGAUUAUGAUCAAGGAUUUCAGUACUAUUAUCAAGCUACACAAUUUGCAUCACCAUCAUUCGUUCUUCCAUUUUAUGGCCUCGGACAGAUGUACAUUUAUCGUGGUGAUUUCGAUAAUGCAGCAUCUUGUUUUGAUAAAGUUUUGAAAUAUUUUCCCAACAAUUAUGAAACGAUGAAAAUUCUCGGCUCACUUUAUUCACAAUCGGUUGAUGGAGAAAAACGAGAUAAAGCUCGUGAAUUUCUGAAAAAAGUUAUUGAUCAACAUCCAGAAGAUGUGGAAGCUUGGAUUGAAUUAGCACAAUUGCUUGAACAAUCAGAUCUACAAGGAGCAUUAAAUUGCUAUCAGAAUGCGAUCAAAAUAUUUCGAGAGAUUGCCGAUCAUAAUGAUAAUAAUUUGGAGAUACCUGCCGAAAUUUACAACAAUGUUGCCGCAUUAUAUUUUCGUCUGGGAAAUUAUAAACAAUCUGCUGAUUAUUAUAAAAGUGCCCUGAAACGAUGUCAAGAAGAAUUGCAAAUCGAAGAACAUUAUCUUAAAUUAAUUCAAGUGACAAUCAAUUAUAAUCUCGGUCGAUUAUAUGAAGCAAUUCAUGAGUAUAACAAAGCUGAACAAAUCUAUAAGGAUAUACUACGUGAACAUCCUAAUUAUGUUGAUUGUUACCUGCGAUUAGGCUGUAUGGCUAGAGAUUUAGGUCAAAUCUAUGAAGCUAGUGAUUGGUUUAAAGAAGCGUUGCAAGUGGAAAAAGAUCAUCCGGAUGCCUGGUCAUUGAUUGGCAAUCUUCAUCUAGCCAAACAAGAAUAUGGUCCUGGUCAGAAAAAAUUUGAACGUAUUCUGAAUCAAGAAUCUACCAAUCAAGACACAUAUUCAAUCGUUGCACUUGGUAAUGUUUGGUUGCAAACCUUAUAUCAGCCGACUAAAGAUAAGGAAAAAGAACGACGUCAUCAGGAUCGUGCCAUUCAGAUGUAUAGACAAGCAUUGAAAAUUGAUCCAAAAAAUAUUUACGCAGCCAACGGUAUUGGUUGUGUUUUAGCACAUAAAGGUUAUACCAAUGAAGCUAGAGACGUAUUCUCACAAGUUCGUGAAUCGACAGCCGAUUUUCCCGAUGUUUGGAUUAAUAUUGCACACAUUUAUGUUGAAUUAAAACAAUAUGUGAGCGCAAUUCAAAUGUAUGAAAAUUGUCAUAAACGAUUUUUCCAGAGUACAAAUGUCGAUAUUAUGUUGUACAUUGCACGUGCCUAUUACAAAUGGGGUAAAAUGCGUCAAUGUAAAAAUAUUUUGUUGAAAAUUCGUCGUGUAUUGCCAAACGAUACGUUGAUUCUGUUCAACUUGGCAUUGGUCUUACAAAAAUUGGCUGCUUCAGUUCUGGAAGAUACAAAAAGUUCAUUACGUACCGUUUUACUUGCAGUCCAAGAAUUAGGACUUGCAUUUAAAUAUUUUACAUAUUUAAAAACUAAUGGCGAUAAAAGUAAAUUCGAUUUGGCAUGGUGUGCUAUCGAAGAACAACGAUGUCAAGAUUUGUUAAAACAAGCACAAUAUCAUGUAAUGAGAGCCAGAACAAUGGAUGAACAAGAACAAGAGAUUCGCCGUAAGCAGGAAAUGGAACGUGAAGAAUUACGAAAGAAACUAAUGGAAGAACAACGAGUUCGUGAAGAAGAGAAGAUUAAACAAGCACAGGAAUUAAUUCAGAAACGGCAGGAAUAUGUGGAAAAAACGAAAAAUAUAUUACUUUUCCAGGAUGUUCCCGAAGAGAAACCGAAAAAGGCUCGUGGUCGUAAAUCUAUGGCUAAUGAUGAAGAUGGAUUCGUCACUGAUUCAUCAAGUAAUAUCGAAAAUCGUCCGGAUAAGUCGACAAAGAAAAAACGAACCGUUUCGGAUGGUGAUAAAGAAAGGCGACGCCGAAAGAGAAAAAGAACAACUAGUGGUGGUGAUACCGAUUCGGAUGGUGCUGGUGAAGAUAAUGAUGAAGAACGAGCUCGAAGACGUGAAGAACGAAAACGAGCUCGAAAAGAAUCGAAUAAAAAACGGCAUGCUAUUAAAGCUCGACAACAAGUUGAAAAAGAAAUACCAGGUAAAUUUAAAUCAAAAGCUUUCAUCAAUUCAUCAGACUCAUCAUCAAGCGAUGAACCAGAACCGAAUGAUGAGCCAAACGCUGGAACAAUAUCUAAAAACAUGUUCGACAGUGACAGUGACGAAGAUGUGGUUGGAAAAGCAAGAGCUUCAAGUGAUGAUAAUCAAUCACCUAUCUAUUCAAAUGAAGAUAAUGAUGAUGAAAUUGUCAAACAAUCGAAAAAUAAACGAAAACGUAUCAAAAAUGAUUCAUCAUCAGAUUCGAAUGUUAAUGAUAAUGAUGAUUCGGAAAGCAAUGAAGAGCCUGAAACAAAGAAAAAGAAAAUCCCAUCUGAUGAUGAAGACGAAGAAGAAAAUAAUAUUCGCCAAACUACACAUAAAAAAUCGUUUGAGGAUGAUAAUGAUUCGGAUGAAUCGGGCUCGAAAAAUAGAGGUUCCGAUUCAGAAGUGGAAAGAAGUCCAAUGACUCGUUCAAGUGAUGAAGAUGCGGAGAAUGAUAACGAUCAUGCUAAUGAUAUUGAUGAUGAUAGCGACUGAAAAGAUAUUUUCUCAUAAAUUUUUAUAUAUUUAAUAUGACUAUAUUCUAUGUAAAUUCACGUGAUUUUGAAUCCAUAUUUUGUAAAUUUUAUUUUAUUUUUGAUUAAAAUACUGAAUAUACUGAA